AUGUAUUUCAUCCCUGAGGCCAGCAUUCAGCAGAUGAGCGGUCGUCCAUACAUCAUCCAGAUGAGGCAUGGUGGCAGCAUGCAGCCGCUGUACCGCAGAGACGCCGGCGUCUGGGCCCAGACCCGCAGCCUGCUCUACAAGAACCUGCUCAUCAAGUGGAGGACCAAACAGCAGAGUCUGCAGGAGCUGAUCCUCCCUCUGCUCCUGCUGGGCCUCCUCAUCCUCAUCAGUAAACUCAACCCUCAUGUUUACUAUGGAGGCAUCAGCACUAAGGAGCUGGAGCCGGACACCCACCUGUUCAGAGGCCUGGGCUACACCCCCAUCACCAACGUCACCAACCACAUCAUGGAGGAGGUCGCACAGGAGAUGCACAUACAGGACCGUCUGGACAUGUUCGCCAGUGAGGAGGACCUGGAGAACGCCAGCCUGUACGAGCCCUCCAGUUAUGUGGGCGUGGUCUUCAUGGACAGCUCGGCCACCUCCUACAGACUACGCUUCCCCUACAACCAGCUGCCUCUGCCCAGCGAUUACACCGAGACCAUCGCCAACUGUUUCUCCAGCGCAAACUGUAGAGCAGCGAACUACUGGCAUUCAGGAUUCAUCCGCCUGCAGUCACUGAUCGACGCCGCCAUCAUCCAGAUGCAGACCAAGCGCUCGGUGUGGAGUGAGCUGGACCUGAAGGUGGUGAUGAUGGGGCAGCCCGGCUCGGUGGAGGUGGAGAAGUUCCCCCACGCCCUCAUCUCCAUCUACCUGGUCCUGGCCUUCACGCCCUUCGUCACCUUCCUCAUCGUCAAUGUGGCAGCAGAGAAGGAGCACCGCCUCAAAGACACCAUGACCAUGAUGGGGCUGUACGACAGCGCCUUCUGGUUGUCGUGGGGGCUCCUGUACGCCGCCCUGGUCACCACCAUGUCCAUCCUGAUGUCCAUCAUCGCCACGUACACCGCCCUCUUCCCCAACAGCGACUUCCUGGUCGUCUUCUUCCUCAUCUUCCUCUACGGGAUUUCAUCUAUCUUCUUCUCCUUCAUGCUCACUCCUCUGUUUAAGAAGCCAAAGUUCGCCAGCACCGUGGGCUCCAUGCUGACCGUGGUGUUCGGCUGCCUGUCGCUCUUCACCGUCCUCAUGAAGGACUUCCCUCAGCCGCUGGUGUGGCUGCUCUGCCUGCUGUCGCCCAGCGCCUUCUCCAUCGGCAUCGCACAGGUGGUGUACCUGGAGGCUCAGGGGGACGGUGCCGUCUUUUCAUCUCUGGCUAAUGGUCCUCAUCCUCUCUACGUGCCCCUGGUCAUGCUGGUCCUGGACUGUGUCCUGUACCUGCUGCUGGCGGUUUACCUGGACCAGGUCCUGCCAGGUGAGUUCGGGAUGAGGCGGUCCCUGAUCUACUUCCUGAAGCCGUCCUAUUGGUCCAAACGCAGUCGACGCUACGUGGAGGUGAGCUCGGUGUACGACACGGAGGCGAACGGAGCGCCUGGAGGAGACGAGUCUGUCGAACCCGUUUCACCGGAGUUCAGAGGAAAAGAAGCCAUCCGCAUCAGUAACAUCCGUAAAGUCUACAAAGAGAAGGACAACGUGGUGGAGGCUCUGAGAGGUUUGACCUUUGACAUCUACGAGGGUCAGAUCACAGCGCUGCUGGGCCACAGCGGUGCCGGGAAGUCCACUCUCAUGAACAUCCUGUGUGGGAUCUGCCCCCCCACCGCAGGCUCCGCCUCCAUCUAUGGCUCCCCGGUGGCGGAGGUGGCGGAGGGGGCGGAGAUGAAGCAGCUGGUGGGCAUCUGUCCACAGUUUAACAUUAUCUUUGAUGUGCUGACCGUGGAGGAACACCUGAGGAUCUUCGCCGCCAUCAAAGGCAUCCUGCCGGCCGACAUCGAUGCCGAGGUCUCCAAGGUCCUGAAGGAUCUGGAUCUGGAGAAGAUCAUGGGUGCUCAGGCCAAGAACCUGAGUGGAGGUCAGAAGAGGAAGCUGUCAGUGGGCAUCGCCAUCCUGGGAGACCCAAAGAUCCUCCUCCUGGACGAGCCCACGGCCGGUAUGGACCCCUGCUCCAGACACCAGGUGUGGUCCCUGCUGAAGAGCCGACGGGCCGGCAGGGUGACGGUCCUGAGCACACACUACAUGGACGAGGCCGACAUCCUGGCAGAUCGUAAAGCGGUCAUCUCCCAGGGUCAGCUCAAAUGCGUGGGCUCCUCUCUGUACCUGAAGGUCAAGUGUGGUGUUGGCUAUCAUCUCAGGAUGUCCAUCAGAGAAUCCUGCGACGCCGACGCCGUCUCGUCCUUAGUCAAACGUCAUGUUCCUAAAGCCUCGUUGUCGCGGCAACAUGAGGCGGAGCUGACCUUCACUCUGCCGUUCGAGAGCAUGGACACGUUUCCAGGUCUGUUCGCGGAGCUCGACUCUCGGCCCGAUCUGGGAAUUAUCAACUACGGCGUUUCCAUGACGACCCUGGAGGAUGUUUUUCUGCGUUUGGAGGCUGAGGCUGAAGUGGACCAGGCUGACUACAGCGUGUUCAACCGGGAGCAGCCGGAGGACGAAGCGGACAACGCCUCAUUGGACGACACGGACCAACGUCUGCUGACCUUCUCCGACAGUAAAUCAGAUGUGGUUCGGGGCCACGGCCUGUGGAGGCAGCAGUUCAGUACGGUGGCAUGGCUGCACAUGCUCAACAUGAGGAGGGAGAGGAAGGCCUUCGUCUACACUCUGGCUCUGUUCCUGGUCUUCGUGGCUGCGGUCCUGGUCCUGUCUUUGGCCACAGGGAAUAUCCAGAUCCACUCCCCGGACCGACAGUUCCUGCCCAUCUACCUGCUCCGAAGACACCAGACCCCCCACAGAUACGCCACCAGCCUCCUGGUGCAGAACUCCUCAGGUUCGGACAUCUCGGACUUCAUCCAUAACCUGGAGUCUCAGGACAUUAAGGUGGAGAUGAUGAGGCACAGCGACUACAUGUCUGCGGCUCCGCACAGCGCCGCCAUCAACGUAACGGGAUCCAACAAGGGCUUCAGAUACAGCGUGGCCUUCAACAGCACCACCGUCCACUCCUUACCGAUGGCCGUGAACAUCCUGAGCAACGCCCUGCUGCGAGGCCUGAACGGGACGGGCCAGAUCCGCACCUGGACCAAGCCCUUCGACUAUAAAAUCCCCGAUGCCACGUCGUACGCUCUGGUCUACAUUGAGGCCAUCAUCCUGGGGAUGUUGGCGGCCGGGAUGCCGGCGUACUUCGCCAUGGACCAUACCCGGGACCGAGAGAUCAAGUGUCGGUCCACUCUGCGGAUCUCGGGCCUGGUUCCGUCUGCGUACUGGUGCGGUCAGGCGGCCGUGGACAUCCCCUUCUACUACCUCAUCCUGUCCACCAUGACCACCAUCCUCUUCUCCUUCCACACUGGGAACCUGCUGACCUCCAGUAACCUCACUGCCGUGGUCCUGUGCACCGUGGGCUUCGGUCCGGCCAUGAUCCUCUUCACAUACGUGGUUUCAUUUGUGUUCGCACGAGUCCAGAGCAACAGAGACUUCUUCUCCGUCAUCUCCAUGAUGGUGUGUGUGGUGUCGGCGUCGCUGGUCCAGCUGUCGUUUGUCAACGACACGCCCAUCCUGACGCGAACGCUGCACAACGCCCUGUGUCUGUUCAACCCUCUGUAUCCACUGAUGGGCUGUCUGAACUGCAUCACCAAGGCAACAUUUCUUCCGUCUCUGUACGAGGAGAACUUCUUAUGGAAGAACCUGCUGAUCGCAGUGGUGGCCCCUUACCUCCAGUGUAUCCUGCUUUUGUGUCUGCUUCGCUGGAUGGACAUCCACUAUGGGGGGAGGACCAUGAAGAGCGACCAGCUCUGCAGAAUUUCCUCCAAGUCAACCCCUAAACCGGAGCGGAACCCAGAGGACGGGAUGAACGAGGAUGAGGACGUCCAGAUGGAGAAGGCCCGAGUGAAGGAGGCCAUCAGCUGUCAGGCCUGUGAGGAGAAACCCGUGGUGGUGGUCAGUAACCUGAGGAAACAGUACAAAGGCCGCAGAGAAGGCUUCUCCCUCAGCAAGAAAAGAAAAGUGGCCACAAAAAACGUCUCCUUCUGCGUCCGAAAAGGGGAGGUUCUGGGACUGCUGGGACCCAAUGGAGCCGGGAAGACCACCAUCAUGCACAUGUUGGCCGGAGACACGGACCCCACGGCCGGACAGGUGCUCAUGGGAGAUUACAGUACAGAGUUUGGACCUGUGGACGCCCCCCUGGAACACGUGGGCUACUGUCCUCAGGUCAACCCCCUGUGGCCCAGGGUGACUCUGCAGGAGCAUCUGGAGGUCUACGCCGCCAUCAAGGGCCUGAGGGGGCAGGACGUCCCUGGGAUCAUCAAACGGGUGGUCAACGCUCUGGAGCUGAAGGAACACCUGAACAAACAGGCCAAAACCCUGUCAGCUGGACUCAAGAGGAAGCUCUGCUUUGCGUUGAGUAUGAUCGGAAAUCCUCAGAUCGUUUUACUGGACGAGCCGUCGUCAGGGAUGGAUCCCAAAUCUAAACAGCGCAUGUGGCGGGCCAUCCGGGCUGCGUUCAAGAACCGCCAGCGGGGGGCGGUGCUGACCACCCACUACAUGGAGGAGGCGGAGGCAGUGUGUGACCGCGUGGCCAUCAUGGUGUCAGGGCAGCUCAGGUGCAUCGGCUCCAUCCAACACCUCAAAGGUAAAUAUGGGCGGGGCUACAGUUUGGAGGUGAAGCUCAGGGAGGAGCUGACGGGGCUCCAGCAGGUGGCGCUGCUGCACAAGGAGAUCCUCCGAAUGUUCCCGCACGCUGCCCGCCAGGACAGUUUUGCUACUCUGAUGGUUUAUAAGAUCCCCAUGGAGGACGUCAAAUCCCUGGCCCAGGCCUUUUCCCAGUUAGAGACAGCAAAGCAAACGUUCAACUUUGAGGAGUACAACUUCUCCCAGUCGACGUUAGAGCAGGUCUUCAUGGAGUUUGCGAAGGAGCAGGAGGGGGAGGAGGACGAGGUGGGCGCCAUCAGCACCACGUUCCAGUGGCAGCGUCUGCGUCAGGACGGCGCCGUCUCCUUGAACCACACAGACAGCAUCGUCCACCAGCUCUGAACUGCACUGAGGACGGGGACCACCCCCGCCCAGGGUAAACGGCCACCGCCCACGCCCGGCGUCCUCACAUGAACGGGACACUGCUGUGACGGCAGGGCCCCCGGAAGGGCGGGGCAGGGGGCGGGACACACUCAAACUGACUGGGGGGAGGGGUCAGGGGGUGGACGCCCCGGCCCCAUCAUCACUGGUGCUCUGUGUCCUCGGACCGCCCACCCGGCGUCUCUUUCUAAAGGGGUUUUGUAUCCGCGGGGACGCGGUCCGUGUAUCUGAUAUUUAUGCUUCUGAUCUCAUGUGUUUGCUCGUCUGUCGUGUUCGUGAAAAGCACCUCAACCGGAUCCAUCCAAGACCGAACCAAAGCUGUCAUCACUGAACCUCCUCACGUUAGCAUCGGUAGCAUGUGCACAAAGCGUCCACGUGGAGCAGAGACGGACGCGUCCUCCUUCUACACCAGCACGACGUCCACCUCCACCAUGAUCCAGGACGGACAGGUUCAGCCCAGUAGGACCAGGUACUGACACCCACGCCGCUACCCAACGGGUCCGACCCAAACCGCAUCGCAGAACACAAAUCCACAGAGCUUCCUCUA